AUGCGGCCGAGCCUCCGCCGCAGCUUCCGUGUCCGGCGCCCGCAGGCUGCUGGGCAGAGCCGGAGGUUCACUAGCCGAGCCAUUCUGCUGGCGGAUGUGCGGGACAGAUCCAAGCGCCGUCCAGCUGUCGUGGAUGCAGUGGAGAAUCUGCUCCGACAAAGCCCGCUGAGGGAUGCCGAGGAAGCUGCCAUCUGUGCUGCAGCGCUCUCCAGGCGCAAGCUGUGGGAGCGUGGCUUGUCCAUGCUCUCGGAAGGCCACUUCCUGACAGGGACGAAAGGACUCAACGCAGCCGUGAAAACCUGCCGCAGCGCAUCGCAGUGGGAGUUGGCUCUGUGGCUGGCUUUAUCUGCGCACAAGCAGACGGAGCGAGACGGCCUGACCUAUUCCAUGGUCCUGUCCGCUUGCAGCGAAGGCAGCGUGUGGGAGCUGGCGAUUAGGCUCUGGCUGGAGGCCAGGCAGGAGGGGCUGGGGAGCUAUGGCCACGUGGCCAGCGCGGCCAUCGCGGCCUGCGGCAAGGGAAAGCAGUGGCAGCAGGCCAUUGCCCUCCUCUGCAGCAUCGAGCAGCCAGACGCUGCGGUAUUUGCCGCGGCAAUCGAUGCUUGCCGGAGAGCUGGGCGGUGGCAGGAGGCCCUGGCGGUGCUUGAGAGCUUUCGGCCAUUGGGCGCCCCGCCUCCCGAAGGCAUCGGGGCUGCCGUAUCCGCGCUGGCCUACAACACCCGGUGGAUGCAGGCGCUGCUCCUGUUUCAUGAGGAGUUCCUUCAGGGCCCGUGCCUCGAGGGCACCGGCCCCGGCAUGCGGGGCUUCACCGGGGCGCUGCAGGCCUGCGCCGAAGGCAGCAACUGGCAAGUCGCUUUGAGCCUGCUGGAGCAGAUGGCAGCAAGGAAGCUGGCGCCUGACAAGCGGUGCUUCGACAUCGCCCUGCGUGCGCACAAGCAAGCGCGGCAUGGUGGCCAGCCCCAAGCCGCGCCGCGAAGGAGAUGA